ACAACAUGUUCUUUAACUUUUAGAAAACAAAGAAGCCACAACGCUCUUUGCCGCCACUCAAAUAGUUUUAAACGGUCACUAUGUCCUCCAACUACUAUUGUGCUUUACUGAAACUCUGCAGCAAAGCUCGAGACCAAACCCAUGCUAAGAAGCUUCACUGCCACAUUAUUAAAGCCUUAGUGAACCCAGAAACCUUUCUCUUAAACAAUCUCAUCAUAACCUACGGUAAACUAGGCAACAUAGAAUAUGCACGCCACGUGUUUGAUGAAAUUCCCCACCCAAACCUCUUCUCAUGGAACACCAUCCUCUCAGCUUAUUCGAAACUGGGUCAUCUCUUGGAAAUGCAAGAGAUGUUUGAUCGGAUGCCAAAUCAAGAUGGGGUUUCGUGGAAUUCGCUUAUUUCUGGAUACGCGUGCUAUGGUUCACUUGUCGAGGCUGUGAAAGUUUAUAAGCGGAUGUUGAAGGAAGGACUUGUUAAUUUGAAUCGGAUUACGUUUUCCACAAUGCUUAUACUGUGUUCAAAUCAGGGGUGUGUUGAUUUAGGCAGGCAAAUUCAUGGGAACAUAAUGAAAUUUGGGUUCCUCUCGUAUGUUUUUGUGGGUAGUCCUUUGGUUGACAUGUAUUCAAAAAUGGGGUUGGUUUAUGAUGCCAAGCGGGUUUUUGAUGAGAUGACGGAGAGGAAUGUGGUUAUGUAUAAUACUAUGAUCACAGGGCUUUUACGAUGUGGGAUGGUUGAAGAUUCAAGGCAGUUAUUUCAAGGUAUGCAGGAAAGAGAUUCAGUUUCAUGGACAACAAUGAUAACAGGACUUGCACAGAAUGGGUUGGUUAGAGAGGCAAUAGAGAUGUUUAGAGUAAUGAGGUUGCAAGGUUUAGAUAUGGAUCAAUUUACUUUUGGCAGUGUGUUGACUGCUUGUGGGGGUCUCCUGGCACUGGAGGGAGGCAAGCAAAUCCAUGCUUAUAUCAUUAGGACUGACUAUAAGGAUAAUAUCUUUGUGUCUAGUGCUCUUGUUGACAUGUAUUGCAAGUGUAGAAGCAUCAAAUCAGCAGAAACAGUUUUCACGAGAAUGAACAAUAAAAAUGUUGUCUCAUGGACUGCAAUGCUAGUGGGUUAUGGUCAAAAUGGGUACAGUGAAGAAGCUGUAAGGAUUUUUCGUGAUAUGCAGAGAAAAGGGAUUGAGCCAGAUGAUUUUACUCUGGGGAGUGUCGUUAGCUCAUGUGCAAACUUAGCAAGCUUAGAAGAGGGUGCCCAAUUUCAUGCUCACGCUCUUGUUUCUGGCCUGAUAUCUUUUAUUACAGUUUCCAAUGCCCUUGUUACACUUUAUGGUAAAUGUGGAAGCAUUGAACAUUCCCAUCGAAUGUUCAAUGAUAUUAAAAAUAGGGAUGAGGUCUCUUGGACAGCGUUAGUUUCAGCAUAUUCACAAUUUGGAGAUGCAAAUGAGACGAUUGAUCUCUUUGAAAUGAUGCUGGCCCAAGGUUUGAGACCUGAUGGAGUUACUUUCAUUGGUGUUCUGUCAGCUUGCAGUAGAGCAGGGUUAGUAGAAAAAGGGCAUCAGUACUUUGAAUCAAUGAUAAAAGAACAUGGAAUCACACCACUUCCAGAUCACUACACUUGCAUGAUUGAUCUUCUCAGCCGAUCCGGGAGGUUAGAAGAAGCAAAAACUUUUAUAAAUAAGAUGCCUUUCCAUCCUGAUGCAAUUGGUUGGGCUACCUUGUUGAGCUCAUGUAGAUUUUAUGGUAACAUGGAAAUUGGGAAAUGGGCAGCUGAGUCACUUCUAGAAUUAGAGCCCCAAAACCCAGCGAGCUAUAUCUUGCUCUCAAGCAUUUAUGCUGCAAAAAGGGAAUGGGACAAUGUGGCCCAAUUAAGAAGAGGAAUGAGAGAUAAGGGAAUAAGGAAGGAACCGGGAUGUAGUUGGAUCAAAUAUAAGAACAAAGUGUACAUUUUCUCAGCAGAUGACCAGUCAAGUCCUUUUUCAGAUCAGAUAUACUCUGAGCUAGAGAAACUAAAUUGCAAAAUGAGAGCAGAGGGGUAUGUACCAGAUAUGAGUUAUGUUCUUCAUGAUGUUGACAAGUCAGACAAGAUACAGAUGCUUAACCACCACAGUGAGAAGCUUGCAAUUGCCUUUGGGUUAAUUUUUGUUCCUACUGACCUUCCUAUACGAGUAUUUAAAAACCUUAGAGUUUGUGGGGAUUGCCACAAUGCCACUAAAUAUAUUUCUAAGGUAACCAAAAGAGAGAUACUUGUAAGAGAUGCCGUCCGAUUCCAUUUAUUUAAAGAUGGAUCAUGUUCAUGUGGAGAUUUCUGGUGAUGCAACCUAUCCAAAAAUUUAUCAGGUGAGUGACUAAAAUUCCAGAUUUUUUUAGUGUCAGAAGACAGAUUCAAUACUUCAUUUCAUCAGAUGCAUUGAGAUAUCAUUGGAGUACUUUAAGGUUGUUUUGCACGAAUCCCCAGUUGCAGAAAACAUCUUUGUUUCAGGGAGAGGGGGACUUGGAGAUGAUCAGGGAGAAAGAGAAGGGGGCGAAGAGAGGACCCAAGUUGCAAUCAGACCUGAUUCCUAGAUGUGUCAACCAUGAAAUGGGAUGUUACGGAAAAAGUAAUGAAGUGCUAGUGAAGAAGGCAAAUUUGGGAGCAGAGAAACCUUGAAGAGAAUAAAGAUUGAGUUGGGCUUCAAAUCCAAAAUGAUAUGUUGCAUGAAUCUAAGCUUGGGUUAAGAUUUGGGCCAGUAUGUACAAUACACAUGUUUACCUCACAGAUCACUACAUGUAUUAUGUCCAUUGAUCCCACGAUGUGGAUAUAUAAUGCAUGUCCAUGGAAUGGUCUUUGCUAUUCAAAGUGCACCACAACUGUUGAUCGAUGAGUUGAGGCUUCCUUAGGACGUAGUGGAAUACCUUUCCUUAGGAUACUAGUAGUAGAACACAUGGCAUUCCAGAUAAUGCCCGGCAUUUUCACCUGUGGAUUGUAAUCCCUAGAUCAUUUGGCUUCAAGCUUUGCUAGCCAGAAGUCAAGAAAGGGCUUACAUUAACAAAAAUUUGCCAUUGGAGGUAGCUUCCCCUGAUGAUGUUGUACGAUAUGCACAGAUCAAAUGGCAAGCACAAAAUCUUGUAGAUGAUGUUGAAACAGAGGUUGAAUUGAUUCUUCAACUGGCUUAUCAUUGAUGUGAUGAAAAAUAAGUGAUGAAGUAAGAGAGCUGAUAAUUGACCUUAGACUACACGUUGAUUUCUAGCGUUUUUAGUGGUGGACAAGAACAAAGUAUUGGAUUUAUGUUGUCUUCUACAGAACCAAAAAGUUCAGGCAUCAAAAUAAGCUCAAGAAAACAAGAUUUUUCUAUCUGGUUUAUGAUUGAUAUAAAGCACAGGAUCCAGAUUCUAAUUAUUCAUAGAUAUGUUUAUAUGUAUGUAGAACUUUAUUAUGAAGACCUAGUUUUGGGGUCUAGCUAGAGAGGGGGUUUGCUCAUGAACGUAGAACCAGUAGAGGAAGACAUUAGCUAGGGUUGUUGAGGGUAGCCUCUCUAACAUGAGCGGCGUCUUCUUGUUUUUCUUCUUCGCCCACUUUUUUUGUUUUUGUUUUGGGUUUUUUUCAACAUGGAAUUUAGGACUGUAUUUGCUUGUCCAUAUGUGCUACUCCGUAUAUCUCUAUUUUUUCAAAUGAUGUGACAAAUUUUAUUGGAA